CGGUGCUUCCUGUGAGCAGACAGCAGGAGUUUGUCACUUCUCUUUGUGGAUUCAUGCUUUGCAGGGAGGACCGACACAUUUGUGCUGCUUCACCAUGGAGGCUACAGCCAAGUACGACUAUGAAGCUAAAGCUGGCGAUGAGCUCAGCUUCAGAAAGGGAGAUCUGUUGGUGGUUCUGCCCACCACUGGAAACUGGUACACAGCAGGACUCACAGGAAGGGAAGGGGUUGUACCCAAAAACUUCAUCAACAUUCAUCUGCCCAGCUGGUACCAGGAGGACUUCAGCCGGGACGACGCCCGGGAGAAGCUGAUACAACAGCCCCAGGGGGCCUUCCUCAUACGGGGGAGCCAAAAGUCAGUUAAGGGUGACUUCUCCGUCACUGUCAGACACGCAGCAGAUGUGAAGCACUUCAAGGUUCUGCGGGACAGCAGAGGGCAGUAUUACAUCUGGACAGAGAAGUUCCCGUCUCUCAACCAGCUGGUGGAAUAUUACAAACACAACUCCAUCUCCAAAGAGACUAAAAUAUUCCUAAAGGAGACGCGACAGCAACAGCGGCAAGGCUCAGAAAAUGUACCGCUUCCCACCGCUCCUCCACUCUUCUCACCUACACCUGCACCAGGACAGCAACAAGCCUCCUCCGGGCUGCAGGUCAAAGCUCUGUACAGCUUCAACGCUGAGGAGAAGGACGAGCUUCAGUUCAACGCCGGCGACGUGAUCAAGGUCCUGGAGUGCUCCGACGAGACCUGGUGGAGAGGCCAGCUGAGGGGCCAAAUCGGCCUGUUCCCCUGCAACUACACCCAACCCAUCUGAGAGGAGCGGAGGACACAAACACAAACACGUUGCAACAACUUCUUUGUUUCCAAUACUUCGUUUAAUCCUCACUUACAGUCAGUCACAACCCUGAACUAUAAACCAGCAGCAUAAAACGUGAAAAACAAAAACAUCAUUUUCAAAUUGUUAUGUUAUUAAUAAAACUUGAAAAUCUAUUUGAAAACAAAAUUCAUACAUUUUCACCUUUCCUGUGUCCAGUUGUGGAAUGUAACCUAGUACAUUCACUCAAGUACUUUACUUAAGUAAAGUUUAGAAGUACUUGUACUCAAGUAUUUUCAUUUGAUGCUACUUUAUACUUCUACUCAACUACACCUCAGAAGGGAAUACUGUACUUUUUACUCUACUACAUUAAUAUCAUUGCUUCUUGUUACUUAUCACAAUAAGUUUUUUACAA